UUUUGUCAGUAGUGGGGUUAUUCAAAAUAAAAUUUUAAGUCAACAUGAAAUUUUAGCCAAGCUAAGGUCUUCAAGGGGUUGAUGAAGAUAACCAGCAAGGAAAAAAGUAAAGUAAGCGGAAUGAUUAAUAAAUACAACGCCCAACGUUAGUCUCAAUAAAAAGUGCCAGAGGGCGCUCUCUCUGAACAGCUGUGCUGUUCUGCUUCUUUCUUGCCAUUCACCCGCCCGCGUGCCUUUUGCCAUCUCACUCGCACUCGCCCAACUCGAAACGAGGCGAAUUUUAUCUUUUAAUUUUAUUUUGACCAAAUUACGAGCGCAGCGCACAAAAUGCUCGCCCACAGGAUGCAGCUUUGGAGGACAACGAACGAGGCGAUGGCCUUGAGUUCGGCAGCCGGCCGUUUCAACCCACAGGCAUCUGCGGGAGGCAGGAGAGAUCUCCACCUCCAAAGGAUUACCAGGGGCAGCAGUUUGCCCUUGUCGACCCCCGAGAAAUGGUCCAAUCUCGGCCAGCUUCGUUUCGCCAGUGGUGGAGCAGCUGCAGCGGGAGUUUCAGCCAGCAAGGGCGAGGAGUUCAUGCAGGCGGUGCCGAAAACGGAACUAGUUGAUCUGCCGGACAUACCCGCUGCUCCAGUGCCCCCACCCACCGAUGGUCUAAAUGUACUGGACGUGGUGAAUGCCGCAGGAGAACCCUCCUUCGCCUCAAUUGGCUUGGGCGGCUGGUCGCCGGUGGGCAUGGUGCAGAAUUGCAUGGAAUUCUUGCACUGCACCUGGGAUAUUCCCUGGUGGGGCACCAUCGCCAUUGGAACACUCGCAGUGCGAACCAUAAUCUUUCCAUUGGUCAUCUUAGCCCAGAGGAACUCCGCCAAGAUGAACAACAACAUGCCGCAGAUGCAGAUGCUACAGCUAAAGAUGACCGAGGCCAGGCAGUCCGGAAAUGCCAUUGAAUCCGCUCGUUAUGCCCAGGAAAUGAUGCUGUUCAUGCGGGAGAAAGGCGUCAAUCCUCUCAAGAACAUGGUGGUUCCCUUGGCACAGGCCCCGCUCUUCAUUAGCUUCUUCAUGGGACUGCGACAGAUGGCCAACGCGCCGGUGGAAUCUAUGCGGGAUGGCGGCCUCUUCUGGUUCACAGAUCUCACCUUGGCGGAUCCCUUCUAUCUGCUGCCCAUGAUCACCAGCGCCACGUUGUACCUGACCAUUGAGAUUGGAACGGAUUCGGCUCGCUUGUCGGCUGCCAACAUGAACACCAUGAAAUAUGUGCUCAGAGCCCUGCCCAUUGUGAUCUUCCCGUUCACGAUGAACUUCCCUGCUGCCAUUUUGACCUACUGGGCCUGCAGUAACUUCAUAUCGUUGGGACAGGUUGCCGUGCUGAGGAUUCCCUCCGUGAGGGAGUACUUUAAGAUCGAAAAGAUGCUGACCCAUGCGCCCAGUGCACUGCCACCCAAAAAGGGAUUCGUCGGCGGAAUGAAGGAGUCCUGGGACAACAUGAAGAUCUCGAAGGAAAUCGAGGAGCGACAGCGCCUGGACGAGAUCCGAUUCGCCAAGGCAGGCAAGGGUCCGCUGGUCAAGACGUACAAGUACGAUCCCACGAAUGUAGCGAAGCCCAUCUCCGCGGAGCCGCACAUGCGGCUAAAGGAGCCGCCCAACAAGCAGGGAUAGUUCCUCGCAUCCUGUAAUCGCCGCUGAGCGCUGUGUCUUGUUACGUUAAUUUAACCCUUUAGUCUAUAGUUUUUCAUCAUCCGUUUUGCUGCUAAAAUAUAGAUUGUAUAUAUACAGAGGCAAACUGUUUGCUGAUGAAUCCUAAUUUGAGAAGUUGGAGGCAAAGUUUUGGUAGAUGUAAUCGCUGUAAAAUAAAUUCGUCAUGGAAGAUACGAAUGUAUAUUAAUACAUGAUCACCCAUAAAUUAAA